AGUUGGAUAUUUUAUUCUGGAUAUAUGGUACUCAUUGUUUUUGCUUUUCCAUAAGAAUAAAGUGUGUAUCAAGAAUAGUGUGGUCUAAGAGGCUCGGCAUGUUUGAUUUUUCUUUCAACAGCCAAUCACCACCACAAGAAGAUACAAGCACCAGGAAGGCAGAGUGGAAUCGGAUUCUGAAGUAAACCAGGUCUUCUUUACCAACAAACUGACCCACAGGCCUAUAAGGAGAGAAGAUUGAAUAAAGAAAGAAAUGGCCUGAAACCCUUUACAGUUCAUAUAUGACAUGUUUUUGCAGUUCAUGUCAUACAGUGUGAUAAUUGACAGAGUUACAAUUUAUUGUAUAUCUACACAAUAGUUUAUGGCUUUGCAAGAUGUAUGCGGCUUGCACAACCCCCAUCUGUUCCUUCAAUGGAAUGCUCCACUCUCACGGUCCUUUAUGCCGGAAGAUUCCACUCAUCUGUCCGGAGGGGGGAUUCACGGAGAAGCUUUUUCUGCAAGGCUGCCUGGGAGGGGCGGUUUGAGUCCUCUGGAGUUUUACAUGCCGAUAGCUGAAUACCUCACAGAGAGCCCUAUAAACUUUGGUCAAACUAGCCUCAGUUCAGCGCCGACGAAAUUACUGGAAAUAGACCACCUACACCCCUCACUGCCGUCCAUCUCUCUUCCUCCACCCACACCUUUCCCCAUCUCUCCCGCUGUUCCGUUACCGUUCACGCUCGCUCACGGCACCACAACUCUCGGCUUCGCGUUCCAGGGAGGUGUGAUCGCCGCAGCCGACACGCGCUCCAGCUGCUCGGGGCUGGUGGCCUGCCCCGCGUCCCCGAAGGUCUUACCUAUCCACUCUCACUUGGUUGGCACCACCUCUGGGACGUCGGCUGACUGCGCGCUCUGGAAGCGCAUUUUGGCUCGGGAGCUCAGGCUGUACCAGCUUCGACACCGCCGCAGGCUGUCAACAGGGGGCGCCGCCAAACUGCUGUCCCACAUGCUGCAUCCGUUUAAAGGCACGGAGCUGUGCGUCGCAGCCACGCUGUGUGGAUGGGAUGGGGACGACCAAAAACACGAGCAACCAAUUACAGAGAAACAUGCAAAUACUCCCACCAAUCAAAUGACGUUCAGUGAUUCAAGCAGCCAAUCAGCAGCAAGUGUUGCCUCAGCGCCUCAACCAUUGAUAGCUGCUACAGCUCAACAAGUUGUCAGAAGUCGUUCGAGAAUAUGCGGCCCACGGGUUAUUUAUGUGUGCAGUGAUGGCCUGCGCCUGCAGGGGGAGCUAUUCUCUGUGGGCUCGGGGUCUCCCUAUGCAUACUCGAUCCUGGACAGCAGUGUUUACUGGGGAAUGAGCGUACAGGAGGCCACUGCUGUCGCCAGGGAGGCCGUGUACCGCGCCACCUACAGAGACGCGUACUCGGGCAAUAAUGUCGAUCUCUACCAUGUGACCGCCAAAGGGUGGAGGCGCAGAGAAAGGGAAAACUUGAAAGAGGAGUAUUACAGGGAGAAAGAGAGGGAGAGGGAGAGGGUGGCGGAGAGAAAUGCUGAAAAGAAAGCAAUUUUGAAGUCUGAUGACGGAGAAAUAGUUUGAGGAGGAAUACAGGAGGCGGACUUUGGAAAUAUAUUGAUUUGAAAAGGAUGGUAUUUUUUCAUAGCAAAGCAAAAAUAAAAAAGACAAGCAUGUAUUGAUAAUUCAUAGCUCUUACACCGUGAAUGAAUAAUAGUGGAUUCAAGAAAUUAAUACCAUCAUGUUCUAAAACUGUAUGAUUUUUUUUUGUUUCUGGAGCCCAAAGGGAGAUGUUUAGCAUCAAUGUAUACUUUUAUAAAUACUUUAUAGUACUUUUUGUCAUUGCUGAAAGUCUAAAGCUCCAGCACCCUUUUAUUAUUAUUAUGACUGUAACCGGCAUUCAAAAUAUAUUUUUGUGUAGGCUAUUAACACAUGAUUUUGGAAUUAUGUGAUUCAGGGUUGCAGAAUUUUCAAUUUUGAGUAAACAAUACUUUUUCAUGACCCCACUUUUCUGACCACUUCAAAUUAAUUCCUAAUGAAGGAUAUAAAGUCAAUUAUAAUCUAUAAUUGAGUAGAAAUGAUCAGUGAUCAGCUCUGCUGGGUUUUCAGCUGAAGGCUUAAAAGCUUUUAUAUGUGUGCCAGCAGUCGAAGGCUCUGGAGGUUAAAGCAUUGUAACGACCCCUACAGGAAACAGAAGGGAUUGCUGUUUUUUAAAAAGUGCAGAAAAUCUCAGUGCCAGACUGAUCUCUACAUUAUUUUAUUAAUCCCCAUAAUUAAUUGUUUGCUUUAAAAGUUCACAUUUCACUUUUUGAAUUAUUUUGCAUCCCAGUAAAAGGCAAAAACAUACAUGUAAUCCAAAAAUUAGAGGUUUUACACAUUUGAUGUUGUGUAAUGUCUUGUUUAGUAUUAAAAAUAAUAAUCAACAAAGUUCAACAACGAAAUGUAAAAACAGAUAUUUAUAAACAUAAUUAAGCUUCUUGGUAUUUUCUUACAAUUCCUCCAUCUGUAAUGUCAUGUACAUAUGGGCACUAUCUCCUAAUGAUGCAGUGGUGUGUCUAUAACUGAUUUACCUGUAUGAACCUGAUAUCACUUAUACUUAUUUUAUACUAUAUGUCAACUUGUAGCACAACUGGCAGAACAUGGUGGUCUGAUGGGCUGAUUCAGGGGGCUGAUUACUGAGAGACAUGAUGCAAUAUACAGCUUUAAAUAUUUCUGUGGAAGACAGACAGCUUUAUGCAAAAAUAUUUAAUAUAUAUAUAUAUAUAUAUAUCCCACACCAAACUACACUCCGUAUCUACCCAAUAAUAACAAAGCAAAAACCAGAUUAUCAAAUUUAUUAAAAAGGAAAAACUGAAAGAUCACAUUGGCAUAAGUAUUCAGACCCUUAACUCAAGUACUUAGUUGAAGAACCCUUGGCAGUGCUUACAGUCUUUUAUAGGCCUUUUUACAGGCCUCAUUUAUAAAAUGUUGCGCAGAAACUGUCCUAAAUUUGAUCUUCUGAUCAUCUCUCAAAUAUGUGCAAUUCAUAGAAUGAACGUACGCACAGAAAACACACGUACACCUCUCUUUCAGAUGUGAAAUCUAUGAAUCUCAAAUGAACUUGAACUUGGCAUGUUUUGGGUCACUGUCAUGCUGGAAGACCCAUCCAUGACCCAUCUUCAGUGUUCUGGCUGAGGUUCCCGUCCAAGAUUUUACAGUACAUGGACCCGUCCAUUUACCCCUCAAUGUGGUAAAGUCAUCCUGUACCCCCAAAAAACACCCCCAAAGCAUAAUGUUUCCACCUCCGUGCUUGACUGUAGGGAUGGUGUUCUUGGGGUGAUAGUCAUCAUUUCAUUGAGUUGAUGCCAAAGAGCUCAAUUUUGGUCUCAUCUGACCACAGCACAUUCUCCCAAGCCUUCUCUGAAUCAUUUAGAUGUUUAUUGGCAAACUUCAGACGGGCCUGUACAUGUGACUUCUUGAGCAGAGGGACUUUGCGGGCACUGCAGGAUUUCAAUCUAUUAGUAGUGUGUUACCAAUGUUUUGCUUGGUGAUUGUGGUGCCACUGCCAACUGCCUUGAGAUCAUUAACAAGCUCCUCCCGUGUAGCUCGGGGCUGAUUCCUCAUGUUUCUCAUGAUCAUCCAUGAGGCAAGAUCUUGCACGGAGCUCCAGACUGAGGGCGAUUGAUGGUUGUUUUGUAUUUCUUCCAUUUACGAACAAUCGCACCAACAGUUGUCUCCUUCUCACCAAGCUUCUUGCUGAUGGUCUUGUAGCCCAUUCCAGCAUUGUGCAGGUCUACAAUCUUGUCCCUGAUGUCCUUUGACAGCUCUUUGGUCUUGCCCAUGGUACUGGAAGAUACAGAUUCUAUGGACAGGAGUCUUUUAUACUUUUUAUAAAGUAAAUAUAUAAUACUUUUUACACUUCUUAAAGUGACAGGACUAAUCUGUGUUCCACAUGUGCACAUAACCAAUCUGUGGGAGCUGAAAUUCCUGCUGGUUGGUAGGGGAUCAAAUACUUAUUUGACUUACUAAAAUGUAAAUCUUUUUUAACAUUUGUAUACUGCUUUUUUGUGGAUUUUUUUGUUUGAUAUUCUGUCUCUAUCAGUUAAAAUAAACCUACCAUAAAAAUGAUAAACCCUUCUUUUUUUUUAAGUGGGCAAACUUACAAAAUCAGCAGGGGAUCAAAUAAUUAUUUUCUCCACUGUUAGCAUAAACACGUACGCACGCUCUAUAAAUGAGGCCCUGGGAUUUGGGGUUUUUCUGGCAUUCUUCUAUGCAGCAUCCUCAGAUCCUUCUACACCUGCACUGUGGAGAGCAUCCUGACCGGCUGCAUCACCGUCUGGUUUGGAAACAACACCGCUGGCAACCGCAAAGCUCUGCAAAGGGUCGUGCGAACUGCCAGCCACAUUGUUGGAGGUGAGCUUCCCUCCCUCCAGGACAUCUACACCAGGCGGUGCAUAAGAAAAACAAGGAGGAUCAUCAAGGACUCCAGCCAUCCAUCCCACAGACUGCUCUCUCUGCUGCCCUCAGGGAGACGUCUCCGCAGCAUCCGAUCCCGCACUAGCCGACUGAGGGACAGCUUUUUCCCUCAGGCUAUCAGGCUAAUGAACAAUCAGAACUAAUACACCCUACAGCACACUCCCACUCACACAACAUGUCACGCACUGCACUUUAACACCGUUCUACCGGACUACACGCACACACUGCAAUAAUACAACCUAUCUGCUAUCACUGGAUACCAUACAAUGCACAUCCACGACAUUACAUAUGUAAAAUCUAUUGCACCUUUGCACAACUAUCUAUUGCACUACUAAUCUGUUGUAAAUGUACAAUCUGUGGCACUUUCACAUAUUACUAUGUAUAGAUGUGUACAUAAUGUAGAAUGUGUACUGGUAACUAAGCAUGUCUUAUUGUACACUGUGUAUUGAGUAUAUGUAUAUGUGCAUUUUGCACAUUGUCUUCUGUACAGUCUGUUAAUAUGUACUGUCUAUAUGUAAAUUGUUUUUGUUUUGUUUUGUUUUUCUCUUGCACUGUCUGGAGCACGCUCUUAAGAAUUUCACUUACCAAGGCACUUGUGCUGUGGUGAUGUGACAAUAAAGUGAUUUGAAGCUCUAUCAGGUUGGAAGCAGGACUGUCAAGCAG